AUGGAAGUGGUUGAAGCUCACAUUAGAGCAAAAGAAGCUAUCACAGCUGCAAAAUUAUAUGAAGCACUAGCCCGACGCAACAACAAGCAAUCACGCCAAUUCAACAAUAGAAGGGCAUAUACCUCCUCCACCGAGAGGUCUGAGCGUCGUCAAAAUACUCCUUAUUCUCCAGCUAAUGUGAGGCGGCAUGAACAUUACACCGCUUUAAUCAAAACACCUGCCGAAAUUUUGGCCACCGAAGAUGCACGAGUUGGUUUCAUUCGACCCCGACCAAUGAUGGGGAAUCCUAGUAAGAGGAACGAGCAGUAUUGUGAGUUCCACUCUGACAAAGGGCAUCACACCAACGAUUGCUGGCAGUUGAAAAGGCAGAUAGAAGAUGCCGUGAAAUCUGGUCAGUUGGCCCAUUUAGUAAGAGAAAUUAAAGAGGAGAAUAAAGGUGCAAGAGGUGGGAGACAAAGUGGCUCCCGGAACAAAGAAAGAGACAACAGAGGAAAGAUGAAAGAGGUUCAGAUGUUUGGAAAGAGUCAAAUGGGGGAGUCAAGGAAAAGAAAGAUACCUGAAAGUUGGAUGAACGUUCCCAUCACAUUCCCUCCCCCCGGAAUGGUGGAUUUGACUGCCAAUCCAAUGAUCAUCACAGGAAUCAUCAGGGAUCAAAGGAUCCAUCGUAUUUAUAUCGAUGGAGGUGCAUUUGUUGAGCUGAUGUAUAAACAUUGCUUCCUCCAGCUCCCUGCUCAAACCAGACAGUUAAUGACAAGGGCUGAGGCACCAUUAGUGGGAUUUGCAGGGGAGGUCGUGUGGCCCCUUGGGCAAAUUCUUUUGCCUAUUACAUUGGGGGAACCUCCAUUAUGUCGAACUGAAGAAAUGGAUUUCGCGGUAGUAAGAGCUCCAUCCUCAAGAUAUAAUAUGAUAAUAGGAAGGCCAGGGAUGAGAACUUUGGGAGCAGUAACCUCCACUCCGCAUGCAGAAAUGAGAUUCCCAACCCCGUGGGGAGUAGCCAUUGUAAGGGCUGAAAUGGCAAAGGUAGAUGAAUGCCAACGAAUUGAAGAAGAUGACUUAAAAUUUACUAAGGAAUCUCGUAAUGUGAAAGAAGAAAGGGUAAUGAUUCACCCUCAUUACCCGGACCAACUCGUUACCAUUGGAGCUGAGCUAUCUCGAAGAACAAAGGAAAGGUUGGUAGAGUUUCUUAAAAGAAACAAAGAUGUUUUUGCAUGGGAACCAUCAGACAUGGUGGGGAUCCCUCGGAGUGUCAUAGAGCAUCGGUUAAACGUUUUAUUCAAAUGUUGA